GCCAACGGGGCUUACGGCCGCAGCUCCCCAUACGCGAGCUCUUUGCUCCGUUCUUUUUAAUAACAAGAAGAAGAAGAAAGCAAAAAAAAAAAGAUUGGUUGCAACGGUCGGCCUUCUUUUGGAAGGGAACCCAACCCGAAGCGUCUACUUGGGUUGGAUGCGGGUUGCUUUCCGCUCAGAGAAGCGGAAGCCCAACGAUGCCUUUCCCUCUGAGGACCGUGUCUCCCCUCAAGCUGUGCCGCUUGGAAGAGGGCGCUGCCGCCGUUCAGAGGGACAAAGAAGGGCACGCCAGGCGAAGCGGCGCGGGGCCCCUCUUCGGCUCCCUGGAAGAUGUCUGCUCCCGCUCGCUGGUAUCCCUCCUCUGGCAGCUCUCGGACCUUUCCCGCUGUGCCAGCGACGUCUUCGGCGGGAUCCAGAGCGAAGCGGAGAGCCUAGGACGCCGGAGCGCCCGGCUCCAGCGCCGGGUGGACUCCCUUAAGGCUCUCGCCGGUUGCCUGGACCACCGCAAAGUCAAAGUCCCUGUCUCCAAUGUAGAUGAAGAGAGUAGAUGGACAGUUCAUUACACUGCACCCUGGCAUCAUCAAGAGAAUGUCUUUUUACCAUCCACAAGGCCACCCUGUGUGGAGGAACUGCAUCGUCAAGCCAAGUUGAAUCUGAAGUCUGUAUUGAGAGAAUGUGACAAACUUCGGAGAGAUGGCUACAGAAGUUCUCAGUACUAUUCUCAGGGUCCAACAUUUUCAUCUUCGACCAACACAGUCUAUGGAAGUUACCAAGAUGACUAUGAAGAAAUUGAACAAAAGUGUUCAACCCCUUCUCCUGAAGAGGAGAAGCUUAUUCCUAUCAAAAGACCCAAAACACCAACUCCUGAUGAAUUCUCUGAUAUCAACACUAAGACGAAUUGGACCAAGUCACUUCCAUUGCCAACACCAGAGGAGAAGAUGCGACAACAGGCUCAGGCAGUCCCAACUGAUGUUAUACCUAUUAAUGUAACAGGGGAGAAUUUUGACCGCCAAGCCAGCAUACGGAGGUCUCUAAUUUACACAGACAUUGUGGUAAGGCGGCCGAAGAAAGUGAAAAGGAGAAAGACUAUUACAGGAGUCCCUGACAGCAUCCAAAGAGAGCUAGUUGGCAAUGGCAAAUGUGACAUCCGUGGCCAUUCAUUAUGUGUCCCUGAUCAUUAUUCUACACUAGGAAGACUUGAAAACUAUCAGUCUUCCAUGCAGCAGUGUGACACCAAAGACUCCAGCUGUCAGACAGAAGAAGUCAAAGUGGUGCCACCUUCAGUUAGGCGAAUACGUGCACAGAAGGGUCAUGGAAUUGCAGCCCAGAUGUCACAGCUGUCUAGUUCUUCUGGAAAUAUGUCUGUGAUGAGUGACUCCGCUGGGGUAAUGUUUGCUUCUCACCUAAAUAAUGACCUGGGCUUUCACAGUCUACCUCGGUCUGGAGCAAGAGUGUCCCUACAUUUACUUGAACGUAGGCAUAGCCUCUCCAAGUCAACAGAAGGUGGACCUUUGUCACAUCAGAUAGGUGUGUUGCAAGGGAAUGAAAGGAUACAUGAUAUGAGGAACGGCUGUAGGAUAGGUGUGCUACAGAGGCCAAAGUCUCAAGAAGUAAACUGUGAGAAUGGAAAAGCGGAAAGCACGGCAUGUACGAUCUCUCCACAUGUUGCAUAUUCCACCAGCAUCAUACCAAAUGCUUCCCUGUCAUCCUCUUCAGAUGUAAUUGUUAUUCACACAGCACAGAGUUCCAAGAUGACAGAUAGUAAAAUGUAUCCAAAGCCUAGAGACAACCUUGUUGCCAGCAAUACAAUAAAUACGAAAGAGCAGCGUCAUUCUUCUACUGGCACCUGGAGUGACACCAGCUCAAUGCAUCAUUCACAGUCCUCAGAUACCACUAUCUCAUCCAGUGGUGUGAUGAUGCUUGGUUUUGGAGAUGCAGGCAUGUCUCUUUGUGAUACAGGAACUAUGGAAAGUAACCCCCAUAACUGUAGAAACAAUCACAGUUUUCCAAGCCAUUCUCAGGACACUAAUGGUGGAAGUGAAUCAAGUUACACUGUGGACAAAGUACAGGACAAAGUUAAACAAAAUGCAAAGCACUGUGGAUUCAAGCAUUGUGGAAAUGACACCGCCUUACACAUGUCAAACUGUGCCAUUCCAGGUUGCUCCAGCCCUGGCAGCCUUGAAAGAGUCUUAGCCAAAGAAGACUCGCACUCUUUAUACUCUUUGGACAGUGAUGUCUGUUACGCUUCUAUGCAUAUGGAUUCAGAUCUCCAGUCUGAUCAAAGCUGCAGUGAAAAUGGCUUUGGAAACCCCAGGCAUAGUGUCAUUAAUGUGUUUGCUGGAAGCGAAAAGAAAUCUCUGGGAGAUUUUGCAAGUUCCAGUGACAAGUCACUCUCACGUAGCAUUUCCUUAAAAAAGGCAAAAAAACCACCUCUCCCACCAUCAAGAACAGAUUCUCUUAGAAGAAUCCCCAAGAAUAAACCUCAGUCCAGUGGACAAGUAUUGGAUGAUAAACUGAUAGCUAGCCUUCAACAUUCCUUGCAACUGAACCUCCAAUGCAAAAACGGCAGCUCACCAUCACAAAGUCCCUGCAGUGAUUAUGAUGAUCCUUGGGUGCUGCGGUCUCGUAGCCAGAGCUCUGUUAGCGCCAGUAGCAGCAUGAUGUCUGCCGCAGGAUUGAACAUGUAUUCCAUCUGUGCUGUCACACCAUCCCAGAGUGACACAAGUAGCAUCAAAUCAGAAUACACUGACCAGUGGUGUUACUACAGUGACUGUUCCGGGAUUCCAGAUGACCAUUCAAAAUCCACAGUAAAUCAUUCCUCUAAUACUGCACCAAAGCUCAUUGAUUAUGUUAGUCACCUUAGUGAUGGGCCAAGGGCUUCUGUACCACAUGUGCCCCCUGGAGUUGCCAAAGCAAAAGUCACUUCUCCAGAAAAAUCACAGAGAGUUACGUCACCAUCUAGUGGAUAUUCUAGCCAAUCCAACACGCCCACAGCACUUACACCAGUGCCUGUCAUUCUAAAAUCUAUGUCAACAGGAAAUGCAAAGUCCAAGAUGAAGCCUAAAGUGCCUGAAAGAAAAUCAUCUCUACUAUCUUCAGUUUCAAUGUCUUCCUCUUCCACAUCUCUAUCAUCCAAUACAUCUGCUGAAGGGACUGUGAGUCUGAAGAAACCUGACCCUACCCUGAGCUUCCCUCUGGUUACAUCAUCUUCACUAAUGUUUUCAGACUCCAAUGACCCUCUUCUUCCUCCCCCACCGCCUCCCCUAACAGAUGUUACUGAUCUUCCUUGUCCACCUGGAUCGCCAAGUUUUCCACCUCCUCCCCCAGAUGCUGUCACAAAUGCUUCAUCUCCUCAGAAUAUUGCAUGUUUUAAUAAUCAAGAUACUUCAAGUCAUUUUUCUCAUUCAUUACUUCCUGCUUCAUCUCAUCUCCUCCCACCCACUUUCCCUUCUUCAGUUGCUCCACCAGCACCACCCUUGGAUCCCAAACUCAUGAAAGAUGUCCAUAAACCAGUACCAUAUUCUUUCAAGAAAUACAAUUUGGAGGCUUCUUGCAACAAUGCAAUAAAACAGCCCUUAAAUAAGGAUGAUCUCCCUAGGCCUCCAAUGCCACUAAUAACUACUGAAGCUCUCCAAAUGGUACAACUGAGGUCUGUGAAGAAAGCUACGAUGUCAGACGUUGCACAAUCAGCUGAGUCUGCUUCCAAAGCAAAUCCUCAGGAAAAAAAACAAGAUUCUUUUUCUGCUGAGUUGCCCUUCAAAUCACAUUUGUCAGGAGGAUACAAUGACAGGCUGGAUGAAGGUGAAGUUAAAGCCCAGAGAGCUUCUGUUUACAGCCCAAAUAGCAGAAGGUCUGAACCUACCAAUGCUAAAAUGCCCAGAAGUGCAGUCAGCCUAGUUAACUCCUUUGCCAGAGAUUCACAACCAGACAAUGCUGAAGAAGCUUUGGUACAGAACCAAGAUUCUCAUUGUAAUCUUGCAUGUUCAUCCCUUCAGGAACAAUCUGGAUUUCUCAGCAAGCCUCGGGAUAUAUUGCCAAACAAGAAGCCACCACCUGUUUCAAAGAAACCCAAACUGUUCCUGAUUGUGCCACCCCCACAGCCUGAUGUUACAACAGAGAAAAUAGCUAUGGUGGGUGAAACAGUGAAAAGCAUUCCAAGCACAACUACGAAGGAUGCUGAAAUUGCACAGUGCAGCCAGGUUAACGAUUAUCCUACAGAUGGAUUCUGUUCCUAUGAAAUGGACUCUAGCAAUCCUGUCCCAGAAGGAGGACCUGCAAGUCCUAUAUCCUGUGAAGCCAGGGUCUCUAUUCUGCAGCCCCGGCAGGAGGAGACAGCUUGCUUAUAUGAACAAAGCAGUCCAGACAGAAAUGUAGACAGAAUCUCUGGAGCAAAGAAGCACUUUUCUCAAGGGAAUGGAAGUUCUGAAGCGAUUGAAGCAGAUGCAGCAAACAGCUUUUUGCUGCAGAGCCCCCCUAGCUAUGGGGAAGGCAGUGAGAUGAUGCCCAGUCGACCAAGGACAACUGAGGAUCUUUUUGCAGCCAUUCACAGGUCCAAAAGGAAAGUCCUUGGCCGCAAAGAUUCUGAAGAUGAUCGCACUCGAAAUCAUUCUCCAUCACCCCCAGUUACACCUACUGGUUCUUCCCCAAACCUGCCUUCCCUUAGGCAGGCAGGAUCAAUUCAGAGAAAUAUUCGCAAGAGCAGCACCAGCAAUGACAACUUCAAAGCACUGCUUCUUAAAAAAGGGAGCCGUUCAGAUACCAGCUCUCGUAUGUCAGCAGCAGAGAUGCUGAAGAAUACAGACCCAAGGUUUCAAAGAGCUAAAGUAGAUUCUGCCGGGGAACUGGGUGAGACUACAAUGGGUUCUCCUACCAGGAGCAGAAGGCCCCAGGAAGAAUGGGCCAAGAGUGAAGGCCUGAUGCCAAGGAGUCUGACCUUUUCCAACACCAGAUAUAGCAGAUCUCGAACGCCCCCCUCUGCUGCAAGUAGCAAGUAUAGUGUUCGAAACCGGAUCCAGAGUAGCCCUAUGACUGUUAUCAGUGAGGGAGAUGUGGAAGCUGCUGAAUCUGCAGAAAACCGAACUCACAGGUCUUUAGAAGAGGGACUUGAUGUGUUUGAGAGUGAUGAUAUGGAUAUUAAUGAAGAUAGAGGCUCUACUGAGGAUGCCAACAUGCACAAGGACUUGAUAUCUUAAUGGGUGACACAGAAUGCCCUUCACUUUUUUUGUAUUAGCAUUUAAACUGAAAAGUUUAAAUGAGGUUUAAGAGGCUAGACUUUCAGAAGGCAUAUGUAACAAGUAAGGCACUGAGCCUAAGUACAAUUUAGGGUGUGUUUGUGUACUGAAUAGAUGCUGCAGCAUUGAUAUUCUGCUCAGCUUAAUUGGACUGACUUUUUUGUUUGAAAGAUACUAGUAACCAGACCUCUCCAUUAAAGCCUUAAUAACAAUAAUAAUAGUAAUGACAAUUCUUGGGUUCUAGAUUGAGCAUGUUUUUUUUCUUUUUUGAGGGUAUAAAAAACUAAGUAAGCCUGCAAAAAAAAUGGGAAGCUUCUGUGGUACAGGUGGCAGUAACUUGUUAAGUAUUAUAUUUAUGAACCCUAGUAAACUUUCAGCAGGGACCAUUAGCGAGAUAUAUGCAGCCUAUUAGUUAGCAGGACUGGCAUUGCUCCACUGCUGCUUCUGAUGUGAUCUGGUCUCCUCUUGUGAUCUAACCCAUGUCAUAAUAAUAUAACAAGAGUCUGGAUUAAAUUUUGAAAACUCCAACUGGAAAAAAACACUGUUGUGAUACUGAAGUGACUGCUGUGCAGCCAUAUUACAACCCAUCUGCUUGGUUUUCAGAGGCCAUUUAUUCUAUGUGGUUUCUCUGAAUAAAGUUUGAGGUAUCCUUUUGGAGACCUAAAAUAAAUAGUUGCAGGUUUAUAAUGAGGAUGUAGAUAGAUUCAGGUGAAACCUAAUAAGCAAACAGCCAUCAUUGUUUCAAUUUUAAAGUAAAUGCAACAUGUGAGAACUUAACAUCAUGGAACUGUGAAGAGUACUUUUUCUUUUUCAGUUAAACUGGGUAUUGCAUUGUUGUCAGCUGUUGUUUGUCAAAAAGGAGAAGAGCUUUGAGUAACAUAUCACUUGAAAGAUCCAACAGUAACUAAUUUUUUUGUUACCAAAGAGUGCACUACAAUUACUUUUACUUUUUAGGAAUAGCCAGCAUUUCCUUGUUCUGAGGAAAUAACAUUACCCAUUUAGAAGACUUUAUUAAGUUUAUUAAGAAUUUAUCAUUGAUUUAAAAAUUAACUUUUUCUUCCUUGUAAAGAAAACUACAGAUAAAAUAACUGCAGUUUUGCUCACAGUUUUGUAAAGAGGCUUUUAAUUUUUGAAAAAGAAUUUUGCGUAAGUUGAUAGUCUGUAAGGUUUUUAUAAUAUUUGUACAUAAUGGAAGUUCUUAAGGUAAUUUUUGUUUUCUCAGAGUUUGGAAUUUCUACAUUUUUAGAUGUUAAGAAAAAUCCUGUAUGUAGAUAAUUUAUUUUGAUGAAAAACACUUGACUCCUUUUUUGCCUUCCAUCUCUAUAUUGUUAAUACUGUAAAUUUCAGGGGUCUUCACUCAACUGAAGAAGGAGAUGGAGUCAAUGCUGUGAUUCUGGUUUAAUAAACAAGGCUGCCAUUUGUCA